AUGGUUAAUAUUGGAACAACUGUGUUGCAGUUUGGAGCUCCAAUUACUGCUCAUGCUUUUAAUAAACAGAAAAAUCAGGUAGUAUUGAGUUCUAGUAAUUGCGUCGAAAUAUAUGAAUCAAAAGAUACUGGAUUCGAGUUUAAGGAUUCUCUUGUAGGCCAUGAUAAAUUGGUAACAAGUUUAGAUUGGGCUCCUCGUACAAAUAAAAUUGUAACAUGUUCUCAAGACAGAAAUGCUUAUGUUUGGAAUCCUUCACAAGAUGGAUCUUGGAAACCGACUCUUGUACUUUUGAGAAUUAAUCGCGCUGCUACAUGUGUCCGUUGGUCUCCAAAUGAAGAUAAGUUUGCUGUUGCUAGUGGUGCUAAAGUUAUAUCUGUGUGUUAUUUUGAAGAGCAAAAUGAUUGGUGGGUUAGUAAACAUAUAAAAAAGCCUAUUCGCAGUACAGUUUUGUCUGUAGAUUGGCAUCCUGCAAAUGUUCUUCUUGCCUCUGGAUCGGUUGAUAUGAAGGCUCGGGUUUUUUCUACAUAUAUUAAAGAUAUAGAUCAAAAGCCUGAGCCAACAGUCUGGGGGACUCGACUUCCAUUUAAUACUGUAUGUGGCGAAUUUUCGAGUAUUACUGGGGGAUGGGUUUAUGAAGCUAAAUUUUCUCCAUCUGGAAAUGCGUUGGCUUUUACUGCUCAUUCAUCAUCUAUUACGAUAGUUUAUCCUAGUGGCAAUGAAAAUCCUCCUGUUAUUUUUACAGUAAAUCUAUCUCAGUUGCCUUAUGUAACUUUAGUAUGGAUUAAUGAAUUUGAAAUCAUUUUUGCUGGUUAUAGUUCUCAGUUGGCAUGUUUUCGAGGAAAUAUCAAUGGAUGGAAAUUCGUUAGAGAAAUAGACGGCUUACAACCUAAAAUUCGUGAUGAUGAUUUAGAAAAUUAUACAUUUAAUACUUUAAAAAAUUCAUUUAGAGAUAUGGAUCUGAAAGGGAAUUCUGAGGAUAUGUCUUUGUCUACAAUACAUCAGAAUACUAUUACACAAUUGUUUAUUUAUCAGAAAAAUGAAACUUCAACUAUCUUAAGUAGCUCAGGGAUUGAUGGAAAACUUAUUAUCUGGAGACUUUGA